AUGUUGCUCUUCUGCCCCAACUGCGCCAACAUCCUCACCGUCUCCGCCUACGCCGGCGUGCGCAACCGCCUCGAGUGCCGAACCUGCCCCUUUGAGCACGCCAUCACCGAGCCGAUCUACUCCCGCCGCGACUUCGAGCGCAAGGAGCGCGAGGACGUCUUUGGCGGGCCGGGCGAGUGGGACAAUGCCGACAAGGCGCGCGCACAGUGCCCCAAGGACGGCUGCAACGGCGACGAGGCCGCCUUCUUCCAGGUCCAGAUUCGCAGUGCUGAUGAGCCUAUGACUACGUUCUACAAGGUAUGCUGUUUGCAUGUCGUGCGGAAACAGAUGGAGAGAAAACUGAUGCUGGACGAGAGGGAGGCUUUGGGAUUUUUCACUGGGCAUUGCGAGGCGUUGGGGACGAUGUGUGGAUUUGUUCUUGUUUGGCCCGCGCGCGUCUCCCCGCCUCAGCUCGCCUCAUAUCGCGAACGGUCCUUGGCUCCUCGAUCCCAUGGUCUCUAA